AUGGUCGGAUUGGGACCGCGGCGUAGGCMGAGCCGUAAGGGCUCUAUGGCAGACAUGCCACAGGACCUGAUCACCGAGAUCAAGCGUCUGGAAGAGCUGUUCAUCAUCGACACCCCCAAGCUCAAGGCAAUCACAGAUCACUUUAUCAGUGAACUUGCCAAGGGUCUUUCGAAGGAGGGCGGCAGCAUCCCGAUGAAUCCCACAUGGGUCAUGGGCUACCCCACCGGACACGAGACCGGUACGUUCCUCGCUCUCGACAUGGGUGGUACCAACCUUCGUGUUUGUGAGAUCAACCUCCCCGAGGAGAAGGGCGAGUUCGACAUCAUUCAGUCGAAGUACCGCAUGCCCGAGGAAUUGAAGACUGGAAACGCCGAGGAACUCUGGGCGUACAUCGCCGACUGUCUCCAGCAGUUCAUCGAGUACCACCACGAGGGUGAGAAGAUCGAGAGCAUUCCUCUCGGCUUCACCUUCUCCUACCCAGCCACACAAGACUACAUCGAUCACGGUGUGCUGCAGCGCUGGACGAAGGGCUUCGACAUUGAUGGKGUCGAGGGCAAGGAUGUUGUGCCACCGUUCGAGGCUGCGCUUAAGGAGCGCGGUGUUCCAAUCAAGCUGACUGCACUCAUCAACGACACCACCGGAACCCUGAUUGCUAGCAGCUACACGGAUCCGGAGAUGAAGAUUGGGUGCAUUUUCGGCACUGGUUGCARCGCAGCCUACAUGGAACACGCUGGCGAAAUCCCAAAGCUGGAGGACAUGAAGCUGGAUCCGAAGCAGGAGAUCGCCAUCAACUGCGAGUGGGGUGCCUUUGAUAACGAGCACAAGAUCCUCCCCCGCACACCCUACGAUAUUAUCAUCGACAAGGACUCGCCACGUCCAGGUCAACAGGCGUUCGAGAAGAUGAUUGCGGGUCUCUAUCUUGGUGAACUGUUCCGCCUCGUCUUGGUCGACCUUCACGAGAAGGGCAAGAUCUUUGAGGGUCAAGACGUGUCGACUCUCCGCAAGCCAUACUCGCUCGAUGCCUCAUUCCUGUCCGACAUUGAGAAUGACCCAUUCGAGAACCUUUCCGAGACCCACGACCAGUUCAAGAACAUGAUGAACAUCUCGACGUCCAAGCCAGAGCUCGAGUUGAUAAGACGACUUUCAGAGCUCAUCGGCACACGUUCGGCGAGAUUGAGCGCAUGCGGUGUCGCCGCCAUCUGCAAGAAGAAGGGUUACAAGACCGCGCACGUCGGUGCUGAUGGCUCGGUGUUUAACAAAUACCCCCAUUUCAAGCAGCGAGGUGCCGUGGCGUUGAAGGAGAUCCUUGACUGGGAGACCGGUCGUGACGGAAAGCCUCUCGGAAAAGGCAACGAUCCUGUGGAGAUCCUUCCUGCCGAGGAUGGUUCUGGUGUUGGCGCCGCCCUGAUUGCCGCUCUCACGCUGAAGCGUGUCAAGGAGGGCAAGAUUAUGGGAAUUCGCGAUGCCAAGAGUAUGCUCGAGGCGGUCGGCCAGGGAGGUAAGUAG